ACCUGUCAUAUGACCGCACAUGCGCACCACUGUCAUAAUCUGUCUGAAGGAAUUUCGGAAACAGUUUGGAUCAGCGCGAACAAUAAACACUUUCUAAAGACUUAAACCGAUCGAUUCCAGUCUUAUCCGUGUGCUGUCCUGGAAUCAACCUCAACCCAAGCUUGUAGAGCUUAAGGCCACAGGAGGGGCGGCAAACUUGGACACCAGCAAGAUGGCAGACAUGACUGUGGAGGACAUCACAUUGAGAGCCAACCAAGUUACAGAUGAGUCACUUGAAAGCACUAGGCGGAUGCUACAGAUGGCAGAGGAGAGCCGGGAGACAGGUGUCAAAACAAUGACCAUGCUGGAUGAGCAGGGAGAGCAACUGAGGCGAGUCGAUCAAGGAAUGGACCAGAUCAAUCAGGACAUGAGGCAGGCCGAGAGGAACCUUACUGAUCUGUCCAAAUGCUGUGGCUUGUGUGUGUGCCCAUGUGACAGAGUGACGUCUAUUGAGCAUGAUGGGAGAUAUAAGAAGACUUGGGGCAGAGGUAGUGACAACUCCAGCACGGAGGGAAAAGAGGGCGGCGUUGUAUCCAGCCAACCCAAUGCUGUUCGCAAUGGACAGGCUGUUUCGAGUGGGUCAGGGGGCACAUCUGGCCCCUACAUUAAGAGAGUAACAAAUGAUGCACGAGAAGAUGAGAUGGAGGAGAAUCUGGAUCAGGUGGGCAGCAUCAUCGGGAAUCUCAAGAAUUUGGCCGUGGAUAUGGGCAAUGAGAUUGACAAACAGAACAAAACCAUUGACCGCAUCACUGAUAAGGCUGAUAUGAAUAAAGCUCGCAUUGAUGAAGCCAACCAGCGAGCCAACAAACUUCUGUAGAGAAUGGACACUGCUAGCAUCACUCAGGAGCCUGAUUGUUUGAUCUCUCUCUCUCUCUCUCACACACACACACACACACACUUUCUGCUUCACAGCAAUGAAUUGCAGCAAGUGAGUUAAGUUCUUCCAGUGCCAUCUGUGCCUUUUUUGCCAUUCUGUUUGUACUAUUGUAAAUAGCUGGACACAUGCACACACAGAUCUAUUCCAGAGCCACCUGUACAAUCAAGUCUUCACCCUUAAUAUGUGAGACAAAUAUGCUGGAUGCACCGAGUGCAGUUGUUUUUGCGGCUUUGCUCACUGCUGC